CCAUGUUCGAGUCCACAGACCUAACAUGGAUUCCAUUACACCAUUGAGUAAAUGACACAUUUCCACCAUACUUUUCUUCGACCCAAGAAUACAAAACCUUUGAAAGCCAACCAAAUUUGACCCAAAAUCUCGUAAACCCAUUAAAAAACUAAAUUAUUUUGACCAAAUCCAUGCCCUAAACCAUGAAAGCUCCCGAUUUUGUAUGAUCAUCGGUUCACACGGAAGCGAAAUCCCUAAAAACCGUAGUCCACUCCCUAACAAACUCUGUAAAGCGUUUGACAGAAGUCCGCACAGACCAAAUCCAAGUCCUUGUAAUGGUACCCACUUUGAUUACCAUAUCUAUGAUUCAAACAGACCAACCAAUCACCGCCAUUCCUUUUUGUUGAUCUUCUCGCCCUCCAACUGCCGUGAGAUAUCAUGUGAACCAUCGACGCCCUUUAUAAAUGCAUGACAGAUUUUUUUUUCCUAGAGCAUGUCAUAACUAUUGGCACGUCUUUCAUUUCUGUCCAUUGAUUUUCUUUUGGGUGUUCCGGCCCUUUUAUUUUAUUUUUUUUUGGCUUAGAACCCAAUGCCUAGAUUUGGAUCUACGUGCAUUUCCUCUUGUUGAUAGUUGGGGCUUUUGGUGAGUAAAUUAGGAGGCAAUUUCUGCAAUUUUGUAAAGAAAAAAACAGCAGAAUGUAUCAGUUGACUGAAAUCAACCAGAGAUUGGAAAAGGGCCAACUGAUCUGCCCCAUACCUCAUAGGAUGGCCAUGGGUCCUUGGGCUGUCAGAGAUAUACAUGAAUCAAAUCACAGCUACGCAACAGCUGGAAAUGAAGAAGAGCCAAGUUUUGAAAUUUUAGGCAUAUUUUUGAGCAAGAAGAGUCAGUAUGGAGAUCAAACAACUGUAAAUAACUCUGUCCCAUACUUUUAUGGGUCACCUCCCAUUCGGUCAGACAAUCCUCUUGUUCAUGAUGCAGAGUUCAUAAGAAAAGGAGCACCAUCAUCACCUGUUAAUAUGUCACAGAAGACAUCUUGUGGAGCCUUAUAUGUAACAAAGCCUUCUGUUCGCAUAGAAGGGUUUGCUUUAAAAGGGCAAAAGGCUCACUGUAAUCUAUCAGCCCUUGUUUAAGCCUCUACAUAUUGAUCCAAGAAUGAGCUGUGCAUGAUCGUUAGUUUUGUACAAUGUUUAGGAGUGUAAGCUCUCUAAGAUUUGGUUCCUGCAAGUAACCACUCAGAGUACUGUUUUCCUUUAACUCUGGCAAAGGAUAUCUUCCCCAGUGGAACCUUUGGUGGUCUUGCCGGCGUAGUGUAUAGAUGUACUAAGUAUACAAGGCUGUAAUUUUCCUAAAAGGAUAUGUGUCCAGAGAAGCUGGUAGCAGUCCCCUAUUGAGAGUAUUAAUUUUUCCCCUUAUUAGUAUAGUUUAGUACAGAGAGAAGCAUUUGUGCUCUUAAUUUUUCGAAACAAAUGAGAACCACCAUUCGUAACGGGCAACCAUGUACAGGAGCAAAAUUUGUAAUAUAGUGUAUUGAUACCAUUUACUGAAA